AUGGCUCUAUGGAGAACACACACACAGCCACGUACCAACCCACCCAACCCCAUCCUACUUGGGGCCCUACCCUCCCAGUCCUACUUGGGGCCCCUCCACGGAGCCCCAUCCUACUUGGAGCCCUACCCUCCCAGUCCUACUUGGAGCCCCUCCACGGAGCCCCAUCCACUUGGAGCCCUACCCUCCCAAUCCUACUUGGGGCCCCUCCAUGGAUCCACACCCCACUUGGAGGUCUACCCUCCCAGUCCUACUUGGAGCCCCUCCAUAGAGCCCCACCCACUUGGAGGUCUACCCUCCCAGUCCUACUUGGAGCCCCUCCAUGGAGCCCCACCCCACUUGGAGGCCUACCCUCCCAGUUCUACUUGGAGCCCCUCCAUAGAGCCAUACCCUCCGAGUUCCACUUGGAGCCCCACCCCACUUGGAGGCCUACCCUCCCAGUCCUACUUGGGGCCCCUCCAUGGAGCCCCACCCCACUUGGAGCCCCUUCAUGGAGCCCCCACCCCACUUGGAGGCCUACCCUCCCAGUCCUACUUGGGGCCCCUCCAUGGAGCCCCCACCCCACUUGGAGCCCUACCCUCCCAGUCCUACAUGGAGCCCCACCCCACUUGGAGGCCUACCCUCCCAGUCCUACUUGGGGCCCCUCCAUGGAGCCCCCCACCCCACUUGGAGGCCUACCCUCCCAGUCCUACAUGGAGCCCCAUGGAGCCCCCCACCCCACUUGGAGGCCUACCCUCCCAGUCCUACAUGGAGCCCCACCCCACUUGGAGGCCUACCCUCCCAGUCCUACAUGGAGCCCCACCCCACUUGGAGGCCUACCCUCCCAGUCCUACUUGGAGCCCCUCCAUGGAUCCCCAUCCCACUUGGAGGCCUACUCUCCCAGUCCUACAUGGAGCCCCUCCAUGGAGCCCCACCCCACUUGGAGCCCUAUCCUCCCCAGGCUACGCCAUUCAGAUGAAGUAUUUCCAUGGUGCUACUCCGUGUAUAUAG